CAGGCCUCCGGGCUCCUCCCCACUUCCUGCCGCCCUUGCGCUCCACCGCCGCCAUGCCGCCCUACACCAUCUUCUACUUCCCCACCCGAGGGCGCUGUGAGGCCAUGCGCAUGCUACUAGCUGACCAGGGCCAGAGCUGGAAGGAGGAGGUGGUGACCAAGGAGACCUGGCUGCAGAGCCCACUCAAGGCCUCCUGUCUGUACGGGCAGCUCCCCAAGUUCCAGGACGGAGACCUCACCCUGUACCAGUCCAAUGCCAUCCUCCGACACCUGGGCCGCUCACUUGCCUGCUCAAGCCUGCUGGCCCCCCCUGCCCUGCAGAUCUCCUUCGCGGACUACAACCUGCUGGACUUGCUACUGAGUCACCAGGUCCUGGUCCCUGGCUGCCUGGACUCCUUCCCGCUGCUCUCGGCCUAUGUGACCCGCCUCAGUGCCCGGCCCAAGCUCAAGGCCUUCCUAGCCUCCCCUGAGCACGUUAACCGCCCCAUCUUUGGAGGCCACAAGAUAUGAGUCCAGUCAGCCUCCCCUGGGAGAAGGGCUGCCCAGGGAACCAAUAAACAUGGUGAGAGGACAGC